AUGUAUGGCCGAAGAAAAGCCAGCAGAAAAGAACUAGAACAAGGUGAAAAAGAAAUGAAGGAAGCCCAUGAAAGGCUAGCCAAAGAAAUGGAGGAAUCAGGUGAGUUGCAGUUAGAAGAUGGAGGAAAAGAGGCCGAAGGUUUCGAAUCCCCCCAAGUGUCCCAGAGGGAUAUAGCGAAGGGAAGUGAGGAGAUGCCUAAAGGAACCCCAAAGACCUUUGUCCCUGCACUGCCUGAGUCCGCACCAUCUCAGGAAAUUUCCGCCACUCAGGAACCCGCCGAAAGACCUGAGGCAAAAGCUGAAGUGAGACCUGAGGUGAAAAGCCCAAGAUCUUCGACUAAGGGAAGAAUGAGUCCUGAAGUCACAGAGCCUGCUGCCAUUGAGGACAGACCCAGUGGUACCAAGGUAAGUUUGCAGGGCGCUUCAAAUGGCCCUACACCACAACAUGCGCUGAUUGGUCGUUCCCCUGAGACCGAUGCAGUGAUCUCUCCAGCACAACCACUUUUUGAUGAUCAACAAUUGAGGCGAUUCCAGGAGUUGUAUGCGCAAGCUCCUUGGCUUUACCCUCAAGGAGGUCAGAUACCGAUGCCUCCACCACCAUUUCAACAUCCAGUUGCUCGACCGCUGUUUCUUGAACAAGAUGAAAGAAGGCUUCAAGGUACUGCAGGUAUGGUAGACCAAACGCCAUUUGUCUAUCCGUACAUGCCCUCAGUUGGUCCUCAAGAAAACAUGGAGUUGAAAAAGGAAUUGAAAGAAUUGAUGGAUGAAAAUAGGAGGUUGAGAGAUCGUGUAGAAGUUUUGGAAAAGGGAAAUGAAGACCCGAAGUUUUCAACGCCUGAAGGGAACACCAAGGAGGCUGAGACCACCAGUAAGGAGGCUGAGACCACCAGAAAGGAGGCUGAGACCACCAGAAAGGAGGCUGAGACCACCAGUAAGGAGGCUGAGACCACCAAAGGACCUAUAGACCUCAACGACUGGAUGGCGCUCAUUGAGCCAAUGAUGAGUGACCUGUCCAACUCUUCAAGUCAAUGGUGGCUUGAGAGGAGAGCAUCAACUUUGCUGCUGAUGGCCGUGCCAGAACCUCAAAGAGAAGAACUCAUCUCAUCGAAGAGGCUGACUGCACUCUCCAUCAUAUGUCAACUUCUGGUGAUUUAUCAACCUGGAGGUUUAGCAGAAAAAGAGCUGAUCCUACGAUCUCUGGAACAACCACCGGAAUCAGCCAAUCUCAGCGAAGCAGUCCAAAAUUUGAGAAAAUGGUCCAGGUGGCGAAGAAGAGCUGCUGAUUUGAGGAUCUCAGAACCAGAUCCUUUCCUGUUGCUGAAAGGCCUCAACAGGAUCAUCCGCAAGCCACUGGAGCAGAAUCGAGAUUUGAGUUUUCGAAUCAGCCUUGCCAGGUCCACGCUUCAGGUGGAUUCAACACCAACUUCAAGUUCGGUGGCUUCCUUUGCCUUGCACUUGAUCGCUGAAUUUGAGCAGGUCGUCCAUCAAGAAGCGACCAAUGCCCCAAAGAAAAAGGUUGAGGAGAAGCCGAAAGUUGCGAAACUGAAAAAGCUUGAGGAGGAAAAGUCCCCCACAAAGAAGGAGGACGCAAGAGAAGAAAGAGGAAAAUGCAAGUUCUACCUGAGUGACACUGGUUGCCGCCGUGGAAAAAGCUGCCAGUGGUCGCAUGACCAAAAAGAUGAAAAAAGGAGAUGCUGGACUUGCGGUAGUCCAGAACACAUGGCUCCGUCUUGCACAAGACCAAAAGGGCCUGGCGACACCUCUCCUACAAGGUUGAAGGCACAAAGAGCUGAGGGGGAGGAGUCAUCGCCAUCAAGUUCAAAAGGGAAAGAAGAAGAAGGAAGUCAGGAACAACAAGCAUCAAUGAAAGACCUACUUGAACAAGCCAACAAGAUGCUGAAAAACCUGACCUCCGCAACAACGACCUCAUCUACAACAUCUUCGGCAGGAAGUGAAGCCAGGGAUGAAAUUGUGGACAGGUUGCAACAGCAACUUGACUCUCUCAAACUGAAGGUCUUCAAGCUCAGCAAGGUGUCCUAUGGCAACUCUCAAGGGCUGGUGGAUUCAGGUGCAACACAUGCCUUGCGUCCAAUAAGGCAGGGUGAGUCGCUGGAUUCAUACAAAACAGUGCCGGUGACGUUGGCCAACGGGCAGUCCACACAGCUGCACAUGACACCUGGAGGACCCGAAGGCGACUUCAACGUGAUGGUUUCAUCGCCCAUUUGUUUGCCGGAGAAGACGCAGGCUUCACACUGGCUCGAGCGUGGCAUCAACAAGAUUGCCUUUGCGAUGGAGCAGCCGGCAUCACCAAAAGACUAUAUGCCGGAGACCGUCUCAUUCUGGGAUACAAAAGAAUGGACUGCACUCAAAAAGGAAUUUGCUUGGGAAGAAACGACCUUUCAACAAGGAGCUAUGGGAGGAGUAGCCACAAAACCCACAACUUUUGGUGGAAACCUGAACCUCGAGAUCAACAAGCACAAGAAGUUCAAAGAAGGAAAAGAAAAGGGGGAGAUCAAAACGUCCAAAGAUCUCGCUCGCUGGGCACCUGGUGUGAUGUCCAUGGUUGCCGAGGCAUUGAUGUUGCAGGUACCAUACCCAGUUGGAGGAGUUUUGUCUGUGGAUGUUGCAGGGCCUCUCAUCCCUGCCAAAGACAUUGGAGGACUCUACACAAGAUGGAUGCUUGUGGGCACCUUGACAUGGGCUGUGCCUGCAGAGUCCGACAAGCUCAAAGUACCAGAAGUUCCUGAUGCCGAAGGCGACGAACCUCAAAUCGACAUCAACCCUGAAGAACCAAAUGAAAAUCAAGAAGAAGAAAAAGCUUUGAAAGAUAAGGAGGGUGAAGAAGGUAAGGAAGAAGGCGAUGAAGCACAGGUGAGAGUUUGGGAAGAGGAGGAAGAGGGAAAUGGUGAGAAGGAAGGGGAAAAAGAUCCAGCGCUUCCAGGGGGAGGUCUUCCUCCACCACCAUACCUUUUGCCUCCCCCUGAGAAGAAAGAAGGGGAUCCAGAUCCUCAGCCUGGUGGCUUCGACAUCAAGAUCUUCCGCCUUGCCGCUCCGAUGCAAACAAAGACUUCAAAACAGGUCACAAAGACCACAAUGGAGUUUCUGCUGAAGCUCAAAAUGGAUGGGUUCCAUGUUGGAAGGAUCCAUUCUGAUCGAGGACACGAAUUCUCAGGUCCAUUUCGAAAGUGGGCAUUGGAUCGUGGCAUCAUGCUCACGAGGACCCCAGGAGAUGACCCAAGGGCCAAUGGUCGGGUCGAAGUAGCAGUGAAAAGUUUCAAGACGCAUAUACGUCGGCUACUCAAGCAAGCUGAAGUUGGAAGCGAAAUGUGGCCCCUUGCAGCUCGCUAUGCUGACGCUCUCAACAGAAGUUGGAGAAUUGGAGAUGCUCCAGCUUUUCCGCCCUUUCUGCAGGAGAUAUUGGUGCGACGACGCACUUGGCGCCGUGGGGUCUUCGAACCAACUGUGGAGAAGGUCAAAUACUUGUUCCCAGCGCCUGAAGAACAUGGUCAUUGGGUGCAACCGGCUGAUGAGCGACCAAGGGUCACAAAGUAUGUCAUGAGGAAGGCUACAGAACCCAUCACCAACGAGAAGUGGGUUGCUAUCGAGAAAGAGGUUGCGGAUACCCUGACAACAAGAAGGCGUUUGAGGGAGAAAACAACAGUGAGAAAAAUGGAAUUUGAAGAGAAAAAGACAGAAGAAAGUCAAAAAGAAGAUGAAGAAAAGUUUCAAAAGCUGAAGUUGAGAUUGAGCCGAAUCAUUGAAGAAGAGAUGAAGCUCAUGGUUGAAGACCACCCAGAACUUGCGAAGGACGAGCUGGCGUGGAUUGCAAAAAUGAAGAAAAUGAUGGAGGAGCCUACAGAGGAGGACGAAAUCCUUCAAACAAAGGUGAUUUCAUCAAGGGAGGUUGCCCAACACUGGAACGAAUGGCUGUUUGCCAUCAAUGAAGAAGUUCAAAGUCUGUUAGAAGAAAAGCAGGCGAUGAAGAAGGUCACAAAGAAAGAAUUGGAGGAGCUACAAAAGAAAGCUUCAGCCGAAGGUCGAAGCGUGGAGAUCAUCCCGUCAAAACUGGUCUUCACUGUGAAAGCUGGUCCAAAUGGAGGAAAGAAAAAGACCCGAUGGGUUAUCUGCGGAAACUAUGAGGCCAAGAAGGACUCUGAGCAGACCUUUUCAAGCGGUGCAGACUCAGCUGCAUUCAGAAUUGCAGUAUGGGCAGCUGCCCGUCAUCAAUGGUUAGCUACUGUUUUGGACAUCAAAACGGCCUUCCUGAAUGCUGCGAUGGAACAAGGAGAUCAAGAAGACAUCUUGGUUGUCAGGCCACCUGCGCUCUUCACUGAAAAGGGUUACAUGGCCAAGGACGUCUUUUUCCUGCCAACGAAGGCUGUCUAUGGUCUUCGAAGGUCGCCGCGCCUUUGGGGAAACUGCCGUGAUGAAACAAUGGAAGAUUUUGAAGUUCAAGCUGAAGUGGAAGAAAAGAAGGAGACUUGGAAGACAUCCAAGCCAGAAGACGUUUCUGGAGAGCCAAUUCGCUUUCUGGGGAUGGAAGUUUCAAAAAGAACUGAAGAAGAAGGAAAAGAAGUAUGGUAUGUGACCCAGAAGUCAUAUAUCAAAGAUCUGGUUGAAAAGAGCGAAGAAAAGGUGAAGGAAAGAAAAAUUCCAAUCACUCGUGAUCAAGCUCACAUCGAAGAGCCAAGCUCACCUCCAACAGUUGACCAAGUACGGGGAGCUCAAAAGUGCGUUGGAGAAGUUCUUUGGCUUCUCACCAGGUCACGCCCAGACCUCAUGUAUGGCGUGAGCAGGAUGGGUUCCAACGUCCUCAGAAACCCUGUCAAGGUCAUGGAGCUGGGAGAACAGAUGAAAGGGUAUCUGAAAAGAACAGCAGAAGAAGGGCUCCGAUACCAAGUGGAGUUCCGUGAAGAAAUCAGCUUGCAGGCGUUUUCUGAUGCCUCGUUUUCCCCAGAAGGAGCAGAAAGCCAUGGAAGUUUCCUGAUCCUGCUGGAAGGAUCGCCAAUCUUCUGGCGUGCAGGCCGACAGUCAAUGGUGACACUGUCGACGGCCGAGUCAGAAAUGACAGAAGUCAUUGAAGCCAUGACAGCCGGAGAGUCGGUCGCUGUCAUCAUCCAAGAGCUCUACCCUUUGGUCACCAAGACCGCCUACACCGACAGCCAGGCGGCCGAAGCCAUUCUCACCUGCGAUGGUGGCAGCUGGAGAACCAGGCAUUUGCGCCUGCGCUCGGCAUUUGCCCGCCAAUCAAUUGCCAAGGGUGAAUGGGCACUUCAACAUGUGCCAGGUGAUCAAAUGCUGGCAGAUCUUGGAACCAAAGCACUACAUGCGCCAAGACUUGAAAAGCUGAAGGAGCUCAUGAGCAUGGGCACCAUAAAAGAAGAAGAAAAGGAAGAUGAAGUUGAAGAGAGAAAAGAUGAGGAGAAAAAGGAAAAAGAGAUGAAAAAUUGGGCAGAAGCGGCCCAAGCAGUCAGACUGAUCACAAUGGCUGCUGCAAUCUCAACGGCGAAGGCAGUUGAAGAAGAGGAGAAAAAAGAUGGAGAAGGCUUCACCUUUGAAAGGAUGGUCGUUUGCUACACCGUCUUCGUGGUGUUGGCCACGCUUCUUGUCAAGCGGAUCUGGAAGGACAUUUUCGGAAGUUGGGAUGAAAUUGAAAGAGAAGAACGAUUGAUUCAAGCCGAGCUGAAUGCUGCACAACCUGGAGACGCCAUUUUGGGUCCAAUUGACCAGCUGCCGGACGAUGAAUUUCCAGAACUGCCAUUCAAGGUUUUUACCACAAGGAGCCGUUUCGGCGCCGCCUUGGCUCCGGGCCCCUUGCAGAACUUCAUCACCGCGGGGGAGCUCAUGGAUGCGAAGUACCUACGUGCCAUCGCAACGGCGCUUCGCAUAACUGUCUUGACCUUGGAUGGCGAAAAAGAGAUCAAUGGAAUGCUCAACAACAAAAUCGAUCAAAAUCAGUGA